AUGGCGCAGUGUGGCGCUGUCAUGCUCGCUUUCAUCUGUGGAGCCCAGCUCUGCCACGGCUCUCCGGGCAGCUUCCGCGGCUCCAGCGGCGGCCCCGCCUCGGGCCGCACGGUCUCGGCGAAGGACGUGGAGUCGAGCUUGGGGGCCUCCUUGGAGGCAGUCCUGCAGGGCAGCAGCGCGACGCGGCACAACGAGAUUGGGCGCCUGGCGCCGCGAGCGGUGCGCCACAUCGUGCACAGCUACUUCGCGAAGGAGCACGGCUGGAUCAUCAACGGGCUGGAGCCCCACGGCAUGAGCGCGAACGUCUCCGAGGUGCACGAGGUGGACAUCCUGCAGGACAAGGCCCCGGCGUUCGUGGAGGCCCUGCUCGAGUCCCGCCGCGCUGGCCGGGGGCUGUCCCUCGGCGACGUGGUGGCCAUGGCGGCGGCCCUGGAGCGCCUCAUCUUCGACGAGUCCCUCUCCCUGCUGCAGGUGGCCUACGCGCUCAACGGGCAGUCCGCCGCGGAGCGGCUGGGGGCCAGGCGGCUGCACGAGGUGCUGUCGUCCUACCUGAUGAUCUUCGAGAUCGGCGUCCGGGUGAACGUCACAGACGUCCCGAGGCACCGCGCCAUGAAAGGACGCCGUGGCCAGCGCCGGAGGCGGCGGUACACACUGACUGACUUCGAGAGCUACCACCGGACCAACCCGUUCGUGGCGCGCCGGUACUCGUUCGGCGAGGCCUCUCGGGUGGUGGAGAGCCUGGCGCAGGACUAUGGCAAGUGGCAGAACACCGAGUGCCGCCAGAUGCGGCAGGAACUGGAGGAGCUGGACCCGGACGGCUCGGGGCGCGUGCCACUCCGGGCCUUCUACUCGCAGCCAGAGACGGCGGACUACCAGUUCCACGAGUCCGUCGACUACCUCCGGCAGAUCGGCGCGCUGGACGAGGCCACGAGCAGCGUGCGCAUCGCCAACUACAUGGUGGGGCCCUCCAACUGCAUCGCCAAGUCGACGUACUACUCGGUGUGCUGCCUGAGCGACUGCGAGGGCCUGCUGAACGAGCUGGAGGGCAAGAUCCAGGCCCCCGCGGCCACCCCGGGCCGCAUCAUGUCGGAGGUCCGCAACCUCACCGCGUCCCCAGACAUGCGCCUGCCCCCCGACGCCGCCGAGGCGAGGCUGCGCGACAUCGCGGGCCGCAACGGCGGGGAGGUGCCCCUGCACGGCCGGCUCUUCGCCGAGUUCCUCCACAGCGCCUUCCCCGCCGAUUGCCCGUACCCGCACGUGGCCGAGGACGCGUCGGCCUUCGCUCCGGGUCGCUGGUCCUCUGGGAGGGCCACGGCGUCCGAGGAGGAGCGCAGGCAGCACGUCGAGGCCGCGCCGGGCGACUGGGAGCGGGGGGAGCUGGGGGCGGCCGCCACUUCCUGGAGCGAGGAGGAGGUGCUGCCGGUGCUGGAGGCCCCGAGGCGCGCCCGCGGCGCCUGGAGCGGCGCCGCGCGCUCCGUGGCGCAGGCGGCGGCGGCCCUGGCGGUGCUGCGCAUCGCUCUGUCCGGGUGGCGCGCCGCGCGGGGGGCGGCGGGCGGCGCGGGGAAGGACAAGGGCCUCGUCCUGCCUCUGCGCGUCUGAGCUCCGUGGGGCCCCUGGGCGCGGGGGGGGGCCCCCUGGAUCUGCGGCCAGUGGGUGCCGUCGUCGUCAUCGCUCGCAGCCCCGCUCAGCGUUCUCCGAGCAACGGGCCCGACCAGUGCCGCGAAUGAAGGGUCGGCGUCGC